UGGCUCUGCCGUGCGGGACACCUCGCACCAGUUCCCCACCAUUUCAAGGGGAAAAGACAAGGGGGGAAGCCAGCCCAUUGAUUUUCCUUGCUGAAGGAGAUGGUCAACACGUGGGGCAGCAAAAGGACAAGCCACACAUAGGGGCAAAAGGGCUGGCAAUGAGCCCAGGCUCCUCUCAGCUCCCCUCGUGCCCUGGGACAAGGAGGACGCCGGGAUGAACCCCCAGAGGCAGCCAGGUGCCGUGGAGCCCCUCACUCACCCGUACCGGCCUCAGAGCCGCUCCCCGCCGCGGUACUGGCUCAGAUCCAACCCCUACCAAGCCAACCUGCUCCGAGAUGGCGUGCGGAGGUACCUGCAGCUGCCAGCAGACCAGACAGUACUCAUUCUGCACGCAAAGGUCGCCCAGAAGUCGUAUGGCAAUGAAAAAAGGUUUUUCUGCCCCCCGCCUUGUGUUUACCUCAGUGGGCCGGGCUGGAAGCUAAAGCAGGAGCAGAUAACAGCCAGGGACCUGGGAGAGGCAGGUUUCCGUGUGUGGGGGUACAUGGGGCUGGACAGCAUGGGCAGCAGCCUGAUGGAGACGCAGAAGCUGAGCUUUGAGGAGCAGCCGGACUCGAAGGGCUUCAGCUGCGCCAAGGCGCUGUACAUCUCGGACGCGGACAAGCGCAAACAUUUCCGCCUGGUCCUGAAGCUCUUCUUCAGCAAUGGGCAGGAGAUCGGCACCUUCCACAGCAAGCUGAUCAAAGUCAUCUCCAAGCCCUCGCAGAAGAAGCAGUCACUGAAGAAUACGGACUUGUGCAUCUCCUCGGGCUCCAAGGUGUCCCUCUUCAACCGCCUGCGCUCCCAGACCGUCAGCACCCGCUACCUCUCCGUGGAGGGGGGAGCCUUCAUCGCCAGCGCCAGGCAGUGGGCAGCCUUCACCCUCCACCUGGCCGAUGAGCGCUACACCCGGAGUGAGUUCCCGCUGCGGGAAGGGUACAUCCGCUACGGCUCCGUGGUGCAGCUCAUCUGCACGGCCACCGGCAUCACCCUGCCUCCCCUGAUCAUCCGGAAGGUGAGCAAGCAGUACGCCAUGCUGGACGUGGACGAGCCCAUCUCCCAGCUCCACAAGUGCGCCUUCCAGUUCCAGGGCAGCGACCGCAUGUACCUGUGUCUGUCCACGGAGAAAGUCAUCCAGUUCCAGGCAUCUCCGUGCCCGAAGGAAGCCAACAGGGAGCUACUGAACGACGGCUCCUGCUGGACCAUCAUCGGCACCGAGAUGGUGGAGUACACCUUCAGUGAGAGCCUGGCCUGCGCCCGCGAGCCUGUCAGCCCCGUGCCGCUCAUCGCUGCCCUGCAGCUCACCGGUGGCGGGGACGUGGCCAUGCUGGAGGUGCAGGGCGAGCAUUUCCACGCACACCUCAAGGUCUGGUUUGGAGACGUGGAGGCGGAGACGAUGUACAGGAGCCCCAAAUCCCUGGUGUGCGUUGUCCCCGACGUCUCCGCCUUCGGCAGUGACUGGAGGUGGCUGCGAUACCCCAUCACUGUCCCGCUCCUGCUGAUCAGGGAUGACGGCCUCAUCUACUCCAGCUCAUUCACCUUCACCUACACCCCGGAGCAGAGCCUCCUGCCGGGACAGCCGGUCCCCUCGGACGUCCCGCAGGACUCGGACAAGCUGCUCGACAGCAUCCACCAGGAGUUCACCAGGACCAACUUCCACCUCUUCAUGCAGAGCUAGCGAGCGGGGCCAGCAGUGCUCCGCCUGCCCCCAGCCCUGGGGACAGGAGCGUCCCUGAGCCACGUCCACAGGCUGGGGUGGCUCUGCCCGAGGGUCCUCCCCAUACAUCCACUGCCCAUCCGUUAUCUGACCCGCUGCCUUCUCUCUUGUCAUGGCAGCAUCUCGCCCUGGUGAGAUCUCACCUGAGAGCACCAAUAAAUCGUGCUUUGAGGACUCUUUA